GUGUGAUGAGGGCGAUGAACCAAGGUGUCCUCACGCCACAAUUGUCUAUGUUUCUAUGCGUGGAUUGGAUUAGCUGUUUGUGAUUUUUUUUUCUGCUGACUACUGAUAUUUCACCUCUACAGGUAACAAUAAAAAGGAAUACAACUUAGACAUCGCAAAAGUAAAGAGGCGUCCGAGACCAGAUCAAACAUAUGUUUAAAGAGGAUUUGUCGAAGUGAGAAAGGUUUAAACAGCAGGAAAAAAGAAAGUCCUUUGUUAGUUGAUCUUUGACCGGCGCGGACCCCCGCUGCGAUCACUCUGCCCUGCGUUUUGUUUGUACAGGUAAUCUGACUGGACAGAGGAGCGAGCGCGUGGGAUCGCGCAUUGGAAAGCAAAAUCAUUUAGCCGACCGGCCGCUAUAGUUUCUUCACAGAGUCGCACCCAUUCUGUACUCCUUAACCCGACAUCACCAUCAUGAAUAACCCUAAGAUCACUCGACUGACCAGCGCUCUCCUUCUCAUCAUAUCCGCCGUAACUAACACCUUGGAAGGCACUCCACAAGACUUAAUCACGCAGGGUUUUCUCCAACGUAUCUUCACUUUCUUCGGUCAGAAUGGAAGUUUGUCCACCGAGAAUCUCGAGGAGCUGCUGGAUCGAGUUGGAGCUUCGAAGUUACCGGACAGCUCUGAAGCAGCACAGGAUCUGCAGCAUGAUUCACAGUGCCUAUCAGUCAAUGAUUUCUUUUCACUGUAUGGAAUGAAUAAUCAUAGUCGAAUAACAGCAGAAAACUUAAAGAGUAUUUGCCCUGCAAUAAUUCAACAAGUUAUUAUUCGUCCCUGUGUCGUCAGAAAGCCAGAAUCAAAUGUUGAUCCUGUUCAUGCUGAUAAACCAUUACCUUACCAAGUGUGGGGGUUUGGAAUCCUUGCAGUUACUCUUAUCAACUUGGCAGCACUUCUUGGCCUGGCACUUAUUCCUUGCACUAAAAAGCCAUACUUCAACAAGGUCUUGACAUAUUUUAUUGGACUAGCCAUUGGAACUUUGUUUUCAAAUGCUGUGCUACAGCUUAUACCAGAGGCUUUCGGAUUUGAUCCUAAGGUGGAUGAUUAUGUUUUUCAAGCAGUUGCAAUAUUUGGAGGAUUCUAUCUGCUUUUCUUUUUGGAAAAAGUAUUGAAGAUCAUAUUAAAAGCAGACCAGCAUGGGCACAGUCAUUCUCAUCUUAGUCCUUCAGAAGAGUGUCCACCCCCAUCUGAUGGUGCAGAGAAAAUGGUCAUGGAGAGCAAUAAAAAUGGAGACACCAUAUUUAACACACAAAUUGUCACCAUAACCAAUUUUGGUACCAUAAGUGACAGGGGCAGUAUUGAUUCAAGCAUUAACACAAUAUCGGAUACACAAGUCAAACGGAGCAGAUGUUCUUGGAUGAAGUGGCAGAAAAUUGGCAACAUUAAAACUAUUGCUUGGAUGAUAACGCUAAGUGAUGCUCUGCAUAAUUUUAUUGAUGGCUUAGCCAUUGGUGCAUCUUUCACCGUCUCCAUGUUUCAAGGAUUGAGCACUUCAAUAGCCAUAGUGUGUGAGGAGUUUCCACAUGAGCUGGGUGACUUCAUUAUCCUGUUAAAUGCAGGCAUGAGUAUUCCACAAGCCAUGUUCUUUAAUCUCCUAUCAGCUUGUUCCUGUUAUUUUGGACUCAUUUUGGGAAUUAUCAUAGGAAACAACUUCUCUCCUAACAUCAUUUUUGCUUUGGCUGGUGGAAUGUUCUUGUAUAUUGCGCUGGCAGAUAUGUUCCCAGAGUUGAACAACAUACUGAAAGAUGAAGAAAGAACUACUAGAAACACUAUAGUAUUUUUUCUUAUACAGAAUGCUGGCAUGAUUACAGGGUUUGCUAUAAUCUUAUUAAUAACCUUGUUUGCAGGUCAUAUAAACUUUGGAUGAGUCCAAUUCAGAAUCAAGCAAUCAUUCAAAUUAAAAAAUCUGAGUUUAUUCUUAAACCCAAAAGCCAAAGAUUUCAAGUGUGUGAAGUAAAUGUAACUGAUCUUUAAGAAGUUUGGCUCUAAGCAUACAUUUUUUUACUCAAUUCCUACUCUCCUGUUUAAGGUGCUGAGUAUCAGCUUUCAUGUUGCAAGUUUUAGCUAUCAACUAACAUUUGGGCAGUAGCGUUUUUAUUUAUAAGAUCCAUGAAAUAGCAUUUGAAAUAUUAACUUGACUUAUGUUCCCCAAAUAAUAGAUUUUAUUGACUGAAAUGUAAUUUAAUGUUUCUUACCUCAGCUCUUGGAAACACUUGUGUUUGAAGGUUUUCAUUCCUAUUACUUUUCUAAUAAAACAAAUAUUCCUUCCUUUAACUGAAAUCAUUUUCACUUAGUUGGGCUCUUUCUACUAGUAUUCUUGUAAACAGAAGAAAACAGAAUUAAAUAAUUGAAUUUUAUUUAAAGUUAGAAACUUUUUUAUUUUUGUCAUAGAUAUUAGCAUACUUGAAUUUCUUUGCAGUUUCAUUCAUUUAAAUAUUUUUAGUUUACUUACUACAGAAGUGCCUCCUUAUAUUCUACUUCAUUUUGUUUAAUUUUUAAUAAAGGCAACAUCUGUAGAGUAAAUGGCUUAUCACACCACAACUUUGUGUGAGAGUCCGGCUGUGCCUUGUGUGCUUCACUUGUCACAGUUUCAAAGCAUGUAGACAACAAACUAUACACAAAACCAGGGCUCCCUGUUAUUUCAUGCCAUUCUGAACCAUUUUGCACAGUGAUGACUACCCUUCCACAUACAGUACUGUACCACUCUAAGUUAUUUAAAAGACAAAGAAACUCCCCUUCUCCUCAGCUAGUAAAACAAAUUCUAGUUAUGUACACACUUUUUCAAUGAUUUCUCAACAAAAGGUACUUUGAAGCGUUAAUGUAGCAAUGUAAUAUAUUAUAGUAUGUGGUGCAAAAGCUUGAUGCUGGUCAAUACAAAUUUGAUUGUUGUGCACGUUCCCUCUCCAGUGAGGCAGAGUAUGGUGUAUUUGCCAUGGAAAAUGUAUAAUGUAGUUAUUUUUACUGUUUUUUUGGUCCAUCUAUAGUAUCAACUACUCAUGCCAGGUGACUGUGUGGAGCACAACAUGCUUACACUUCAUGCAGGAUACCAUUGAAAUUUAUAGGUAAAUUCCUGGGUUGAGUAAAUAAUGUCAAAUAUGACACAACAAUUCCUCAGUCUACGCCCUUUUUUAAUUUUACUGGUCUAUGCAUAUGUGAUCUAAUCCAAUAAAUUGCAGACUUAAGUAAGUGUUCAGAUAGACAUAUGCAGAACAUGCUGAAAUAAUGUAAGUGAACAAUUCAUAAAAGAUCCGGGUGGAAAUGAUUAGUUUUUGUUAUUUCAAAGUUGAUUUGCUUUUAAAUGCAACUAUUUGAAAAGGGACUGGAAAUUAGACUGAGAAAUAAGGGAACUAAUCUCCAUCUUGACAAAGAAGAAACUUGUUUGUACCUGCAGGUAGUGUUUAAACAGGAGGUGGCCCACACUUGUCUGGUGCAGACUGAGUUUUUACAGCUUCUGUAAACAGUUAAAGUACAGUAACACAUGCCACUGUCAUGAUCUCAGGGAAAGAUCUGACCUACUGGACAGAGAAAGAAAAGUGACAAGGAGAUGGGAAAAGGUUAAAAGCAUGAGACAGAGAGUAAGCCGAAAGGAAACAUUAAAAUAAUAGUUAAAACCAAAAGCACUAAUCAAAAGUUGAAGUUAGGAUCACCUUUAAAAGGUAUAUGUGCCCAAGUUGCUAAUUUUUAGGUUUUUUUUGAGCAGGAGAUAACAAAAAAAAGGUCCAGGAAAAAAACUCUUGUUAGAGGAAAGGGCAAGAAUCAAAAAUGACUGAAGUGAAAUAUUUACUAAUUAUUAUGGGAAUAGCAAUGAGUAACCUUGCCAUACACAGCAUGGCAGCGACAAUGAAAACCAAAUGGCGGUACCAUUGAGAACCCAACUUAAAUCAGCGGGGCCCUUGAUGUCAUCUACAUAACAAAACACAGUGGCUAUAAAAUUGCAGUAAAUUUGUACAAAACCAUGCAGAAUUGAAGCAAGAGCCAUCAGAAACCGGAAUUAUAACAAUCAAACAGAAAGGAUACUAAAGGCCCUAAGUAUAAUUGUUAAUUCUUUGCUCUCACUACUCUAAUCAAUCAUCAGUUGCUUUUAAGUUUAUCCAAAGCUUUUCCAUCAGUAUUGUUGUGCCACCAUCUUUUAUAAAGAUGCCAUGAUGAUGUCAGAUGUAGAGCCAUUAAAUGUUACAUGGACAGCAAAGUGUGUCAUUUUUGUUUAAACUGGUGUCACAAAAUUACAGAACUCACAGUAAAAAAUGCAUGGUACUAUGCUGACAUCACCAAAACAAUAUUAAACUAAAGAAGAAUAAGGAAAGGGAAAUGAAUAAUAGACCUAGUAUAAAUCUGCUGGUAAUUAAGCACAGCUAUGAUAGCUGCUGUUUUCCAGUUUACCCUCCAUAGUAUUGUUUAUUUUUUGAAAAGCAUCUUGGUGUUUAAAUACAUUCGGUAUGAUUUGUUGUUUUGGACAUUUUGGAUCCCCAACUCAAGAUCUGAGACUGUACGUGGCACUGCUGUCAGCCCAGGAGAGUAUUAGAUCAUUCUCAAAGGAGAAAUUCCUAGGAUGGUUAACCCACAUUCUAUGUAUUGUCUGAAAGUGGCCACUGACUGUCACUCAUGCCCUUUCACCACUGCUGUAACCAAAAAAAGCUGCUACUCCCACACUGAAAGGUACAUGGUGAGGCCUGCUAAUGAGUGUUUAUGCAUUUGCAAAUGUGUGGCAUGAUUCUGCAGUGUUAUAAUAUCCAUGAGUUGGAGGCAGUGUAGCAGCUCAGACCCUUCAAGUGGGGUACUUAGGCCACUCUGUGUCCAUUGUCACUCAUGACUAUGAAAAGAUUAGGUGGAAAGCUUAUAAUUUAUAUAUAAAUAUAUGAACUGACACAUCCAGGUAAAGUCAGCCUUCACUUUGUGUAUAACAUAUAUUACAGAACACAAAAAAUAAUUCUUAAAUUCCUUUGAAAACUAUAUUUCAGUAAGUAUUCCUGAAUGAAUACAAUAAAAAUCAAACCUUGGAAAAUAAUUCAUAUGACUUAAGUAACAGUCUGAAACUGGCUGAAACAAUCAGAGAGCCAAAGUUAAGAGCUGCUAUUUUAAUCCAAAUGAUGAAUAUACUCUCUCAUUAAUGGUAAACUACACAAAUAAGGUUAGACAUUAUAAUUAUUAUUAUGGUGAUCUUUUUAAAACAUUUUAAAAUAUUUAAAAGUGAGAUAUCAUAUGAAAAGUGAACGCUAUGAACCCUUUUUAAUCAGUGCCUUUUGUCUCUUUUCAUAUGCUGUACACUUAGCAAAGGACCAAAACAUGAAAAAAAAAUCAUUAUAAUGCAUUCUGAGAUACUGUACAAUAAACAGUUAAACUAAUAUGUAUUAUCUACAUUUUUAAAAUGUUAUUAUGUAUGUUUUAGGGAAAGAAUGCAGAAUGAUUGUUAAAUUUUAUGUAAACUCUUUCAACUGACAUAUAAGAAGUGUCUGCCUCUGCUUAACAAUAAAGUUUGA